ACAGAGAAAGKGCUCACCAGGAUGCUYAAUGACUUUGUGGAGAAGGUACCAAAAGAAACGUUAUCACAGCUCAUGGAGGCUCUCAUGACUGCAAACAGCCUGAAGYCWUCAGAGAAGGAGACCAUCCUUCAGAACCACACCAGGGUCAACAUGGCCAGCUGCUUCGUUGACAUUGUGAUGGAGAAGGGAACAGACACCUCCAAGGAGCUGAUGAACWGUCUUCAAACCAUCAACCCUCACCUGUCCUCUGAGCUGCGCUCACCUUCUAACCCAGGUCACAAGUCUUUUAAACAUCUCUUCACUAGUAAGAAAACGAGGGAGAUGACAAAGGAACAAGAGGAAUGCUGGCGCCUGAUCUGCCCUCCAGGAGAUAAAGAUGCUGAUUUGAAGCGUUGGUUGAAGAAAACUCUGGAGGAUCUGAAGAACAGGGAAGUGAAGUACUUCCACUGGUACCUGCGGAUUGCAGACGAGACCAAAGACGGGUUCAAACCAAUCAAAAGGUACCGUCUGAAGCAUGCRGACAGACUGGACACGUUGGACCUGUUGGUGCAGAUGUACCCUGGAAAGGUGAAGGAGGUCACAGAGARGAUCCUGGAGAAGAUCAAAAUCAACACGGCGCAGCACUGGAUCCUGGAAAUGUUUGUGGACAUGGGGGACCAGGACCUUAAAUACUGCCAGAUGUUACUGCAGGGYGCCGACAAGCUGAAGCGCGCCUCCCUGAAGAGGGGUCCUCAGGCAGGGGGACARGAAGUGGACACCAUGAACCUGAUGAUGCAGAUGUACAACUCAGAGCAGAGAGAGAUGCUAGAGAGAGCUCUGAAUGAAAUCCAGGAGACUUCAGAACUGCCUGAAGCCGAGGACCAGGACAACCCAGCUUCUCCAACAGCUCUACGAGCAAAGAAAAUGAAGAGCAUGCUGCUUGACUUCAUCAAGAAAGUGUCCAAUAAAACCUUGGAGCAGCUGCUGAAGGAUCUGGUAGCGGACAAGGUGCUCACCGCGUCAGAGAGAAAAUCAGUGGUCGAGAAGAACCACACCAGAGUGAACAAGGCCAGCAGCCUGGUGGAGAUCCUGAAGGAGAAAGGAACAGAAGCCUGUCAGAAGAUGAUCAGUCAUGUUGAAACAACGGAUCCUCCACUUUAYGCCAAACUGGGUUCUUCCCAGAGCCCCAAUUUCCAACAAGAGCUGCUCCAGAUGCUAAGCUUCAACCUGAAGGAGGAUGAAGGACCAGAGGACGAGGAAGAGRACAAAUAAACAGGACAUGGGAUUGGUCAUGUUGAGGAGCAACUGAAGAUUCAACUUCCUGUUUCUAGAUUUAUAGACUUUGACAGUCUCCCGUUUUGUCCACCACUGCUCAGUUUUACACUUUGGACUGUUUCAGKUUCAUYAAAAACCUUUAACUACAAUAACAGCUGUUAUUUUCAGAUGUUUCCCUGCUUCUUUACUGAUGCUGUUAUAAGUCUGUUUAAUGAACUGAUAACAUUAAAUCUAUAUAUGUUUUAACAUGGCA